CAGCUUCAACAUUGACGAUCUGUUGAGCAGCGAUCUCUUCGACAUGGGUCAGUAAAUAAGCCUGCUGUCCAGAGGCAGAGUCUCAUCCCAGACAUGAGCUAUCUUUGAUCGAUGAGCUCCCAGAAGGAGCAACACUGGCGCGAAAUGCACGGUGCAUUCAAUCAGGUCGUUUUGUACAUAGAUGACUGGUCGAGAUGUAGAUACACGAAGUCAUGGUAUCUUGGUAAUGAGAAGGAAAGAAGGCGUUCAUGGAAGAUCAGAAUAAUGAGGGGUUGGUUGUGGCUGGAAUGGCGUUUUGGGGGCCUGCGGAAGCUCGGGCAAAGUUUGGUACAACUACAGCGUACCUACCUUGCACCCUUUCUUGUACAUAGCUACACCUCGCAGACCUUUUAAUGAGAGCGAAUGAUAAGCAACCCAAACACUUCUGAUCCAUCAAUCAUGUCUAUGCAGCAAACAACAUGACGCUCAAAUCGCUGUUGCUUGCGUACUUCGUCGGUGGCCUGACGUUCAUCCCCCUGCUCGCGCUCAUCCUUGGCGCCUUCGCAUACGUUGCAUUCACCCAACCCGUUGCUCCCGUAUCGACCGCCCCGACUGCCAGAGAUGUAGACUCGACACUCCCAGCGAAGACGGUGGACGAAGCCAGCGAAAAGAGCAAGGAACAGCAGAGUGAACUCGACACGGCAGCCGCUUACUUCGCCGUCUGCAGAGAGUAUGUGCCCGGCGGCAUCAAUGGCAAGCCUCCAGAGCGUUCGACUCCAGCGGGCGAGGUUCUCAUAGCAGAGAGUCCCAGUGUCUACCAGAGCAUGUACAGAAGCAUCUUCGAACGAGGCAAGACACAGAUACCAACCAUCGAGGGUGACAAGCGUGACGGCAAGGCAGUCAAGAAGGCCCGCAACGUCUUCUACGUUGUCCUGAGACACGGCCAUCUUAUGCUCUACGACGACUCGGAGCAAGUCGAAGUGCGACACGUUGUUUCUCUCGCCCAUCACGACAUUGACGUAUAUGCUGGUGGAGAUCCUGUACCUGAAGGAGAUCUUUGGAUAAAGCGAAAUUGCAUCCGCCUGACCAGGAAGCCUCUCGCUGGAGAGACUGCUCCUCCUUCCAAGCCCUUCCACUUCUUCUCUGACAACUGCUCCGAGAAGGAGGAUUUCUACCAUGCCUUGUUACACACUCAGUCUUCCAUCAUCACCACUGACCCGCCUCCGCUUCCUCAAAAGUUCGAGACUCCAGACAUCAUCAAGCUUGUGCAGAAUCUACACUCCUCCGAUGCAGACGCUCAUUCGCGCUGGAUCAACGGCAUCGUUGGCCGCAUCUUCCUUGCCAUGUACAAGACUAAAGACAUUGAAAACUUCAUCCGAGCAAAGAUAAACAAAAAGAUCUCACGCGUGCCCAAACCGAAUUUGAUCGCUUCGAUUGACAUCAUGGAUAUCGACAUGGGCGAUAGUGCCCCAAUCAUCAGCAAUCCCAGGUUGAAAGAGCUUACAGUGAAUGGCGACAUGACCAUCGAGCUGGAUAUCAAAUACAACGGUGGCUUCAAGAUCGAGAUGGGCGCGGUGGCACGCAUCGAGCUCGGUACCCGUUUCAAGGCUCGCGAAGUCAGUCUCAUCAUGGCGGGCGAGCUGAAGAAGCUCAGCGGUCAUCUCUUGAUCCGUAUCAAACCUCCGCCGAGCAACCGCAUGUGGAUGACAUUUGAGACCAUGCCUCAGAUCGAGAUGAGUAUUCAGCCAAUUGUCAGCAGUAGGCAGAUCACGUACGGUGUUAUCUUACGUGCUAUUGAGAGCAGAAUCCGAGAAGUCAUUGGAGAGACGAUCGUCCUGCCCAACUGGGAUGACAGUCCGUUCCUGGACACCACCAAGAAAGAAUACAGAGGCGGCAUAUUCGAGCCAACGCCUGCAGACCAAGAGCUCACGGGUACGGAGAAGGCUGCAGAGGCAGACGCCGGCGUGGUCGAGACUGCAGCACACGAACUCACCAACAGUGCGGGUGACGGAGAUUCCGAAGAUAUUGUCAUUCCUACCCUGGCUGAAACUGGAGCAAAGACCUUGAGUAUGCCGAGUCUUCUUGAGCCAGUACAAAAACUCAACUUUAGAAAAAAUGCAAGGAGAUCCGCAACCUCGCUCGUAGACACCCUUGAGAGUCCGACCGGCGCAUCAACCAGUUCGACUGCUCUGCCUACGCCAGUUCUUACUCCAUCGUCGCCACCGAUUCGUCCGCGUACGCCGCCAGGAAAGCCUCGCAAUAUGCGUUCCAACUCCUUUGCUACCGCGGCGACACCCCUGGUUAGUACUGAAGGUUCGAACAUUGAAGCGAUCAGAUCACAAACAAAGAAGAAAGGACAGAAGGAUGCGGUCGAGAUGGUGAAGGAGGUCAAUUCGAAAGCACAAUCAUCAGCGACGUCCCCAAGAGUACUUCGCGAAAGUGACAACAUCUUGCCCAUCGACGCAGAGACAUUCUCAACCCUUGAAACGCAAGGGGAAGAAGCUCCAGUGGAUGCUUCGAUUCUGCGCCGAAGUUCUGAGCCUGUAGAGCAGCACUCUAUCAAAUCAAGAGCUGAACCUCAAGACAUCGUCAAUGCAGAUAUUUCGGGAACGACGCCAAAAGCACCUUCGGUAAAAUCACUCGAUACGUCUGGCCUGUCAGGUUCACCUCCGUCACAUCUCAGUACAGCUGCCAACGCAGCGAAGAAGUGGGGCUGGCAAGUUCUGAAUAGACAGAAUGGGUCUUCGUCAUCUAUAACGGGAAACUCCUUAGGGUUGAGCAAGCGGUUCUCUGUGUCAUCAGCCAGCAGUGGAUCCUCUACAGUAUCUUUGCCAUCCCAACCGCCCGAUCCAAAUGCCCUUAAGGCGGCACUUCUGGCUCAGCCCAUGGGACGUGGAAUGCCUUUGCCGCCACCUGGUACUCCUCUUCCUGGACCACAAAGAAGUCUUUGGGCGACGUCAGGCUUGAAUAUACCUGGCCUCAAGCGCAAGCCUGUGGGAGCACAUUCGAGCUCUCAACAACUAGGCAAGGAAGUCGAUAAGCCCGAGCAAGCCGAAGAAACAAAACGUCGACAGCCUCCACCAUUGCCGGCGAGGCCCAGACCUGCGAGCAGAGAGAUCCCUACGUCACAAGCCGAGCAGCAUGCGGCUGGUGAUCCUGACGUGUUUGUCGUUGCUGCACCUGCGGAGGAGGAUAGUAUGCCCAACACGCCCACGGUUGAACGAUCAGAUCACGGCAUACCGACGUUUGCAGACGAAGCGCAUGUAGCUUCGCAAGUGGAGAGCGUACUGACGAACUCGGGUAUCGAGCAGACAGUUCAUGACCCAGCAAUCUAUGAGCCAUCAACCGCGACUGAGGUAAAAUCUGAGGUAGAGUCGGAGGUCGAGCCCGAGCAGAUCGUGCUCCGAGAAGUCGAGCUCAACGACAACACACCACCCGUCCUGGUCAAAACAACAGUCGAGCCUAUGGUGCCGGUAAAUCAUAACGAAAGACACGAUACAGAAGAUGGAGAGAUGGGCGACUCGCUCGAAGCGGCCGAUGUGGCAGGUGAGAUGAGAGGAUCCUUUUAAGCAUUCAAUUAAACCUUCUCCUCUUCUUACUAUGAGUACGAAAUAGAUACGCUAUGAAAUUCUUCACGUUACUCCACCCCACGGACACUUCAUUCUUUGGCAAAAAGGGCAGCUACUCAUGAUAACAUUCUAUUUUAGGCCCAGAAAGGUAAAUGGCUUUGUAAGAC